UUCGUUACAUUUACUUGAGUAGUUUUUUGGAAAAUUUGUACUUUUUAGAGUAGAUUAAAAUGUGGGUACUUUUACUUUAACUUGAGUAAAUUUGUAAUGAAAAAUCUGUACUUUUACUUCGCUACAAUGGGCAACGUUCAUCUCGUUACUUUAUUUUAAUUCAAUACUGUAAAUGUUAAGAAAUGCGUAGUUUAUUCCAUGCGCGCUGUCUCUUUUUUCAUGAACGAUGCCCCAUUCACAAAUGAAUCACUCUUUUGAGUCGAUUCUGUUCAAAGACUUGAUCAAACAAGUUGGUAAAGCUGUCUAAAUUGAUUCGCGAAUCAGUUUGAAUGAUUUGUUCAGUUCCUGCACGCGCUGAAUCGUUUGAAGCGGUUUCUCACUCGGAGCGGAUGAAGUGGCAGCUGGACCUCCAGUCAAUUAAAAGCAAAUCUGCAAAUGCAUCCAAUUGUUUGCCAGCAAUGAAGACCUUUUUUAUUUGAGCUGCGUACGCUGUCUGUGAACAAUUCCACAGAUUGGAGCCUCUCUCUUUGCAAGUAACAUUGGAAGUGGGCAUUUUGUGGGACUAGCAGGAAGCGGAGCAGCUGCUGGUGUUGCCAUCGGAGGCUUCGAGUUGAAUGCUCUUGUUGUUGUGAUUUUUAUGGGAUGGCUCUUCGUGCCCAUCUACAUAAAGGCUGGGGUCGUGACCAUGCCGGAGUAUCUGAAGAAACGCUUUGGUGGGCAGCGUAUCCGUAUCUACCUCUCUGUGCUGUCCCUGUUUCUCUACGUUUUCACCAAAAUCUCUGGGGACAUGUUUGCAGGAGGCGUUUUCAUCAACCAAGCUCUGGGACUGAACAUUUACCUGGCUGUGAUUAUUCUGCUGCUGAUUACAGCUCUUUAUACAGUAACAGGUGGUUUAGCUGCAGUCAUCUACACAGACACCCUGCAGACCCUCAUUAUGGUCGUGGGAUCAUUCAUUCUCAUGGGCUUUGCAUUCACUGAGGUCGGAGGCUAUGAGAACUUCAAGGACCGCUAUAUGACUGCAAUCCCAUCAGUGGUGGGUGUAAACAUCAGUGAAUCGUGCUACACCCCUCGUGCGGACUCAUUCCACAUGUUCAGAGACCCCAUUACCGGUGAUCUGCCCUGGCCCGGAAUGAUCUUUGGUCUUACUAUCCAGGCUGGCUGGUAUUUUUGCACUGACCAGGUGAUUGUGCAACGUUGUCUGUCUGCCAAGAACCUGUCUCAUGUGAAAGCUGGCUGCAUCCUGUGUGGUUAUCUCAAACUUCUGCCCAUGUUCCUCAUGGUUUUCCCUGGUAUGAUCAGCAGAGUGCUGUACACAGAUGAGAUUGCAUGUGUGGAUCCAGAAGAGUGUAACGACUAUUGUGGAACCAGUGUGGGCUGCAGUAAUAUUGCUUAUCCUAAACUUGUGGUGGACCUGAUGCCAAACGGUCUCAGAGGCUUGAUGUUGUCCGUCAUGCUGGCCUCUCUGAUGAGUUCACUCACUUCCAUCUUUAACAGCGCCAGCACACUCUUCACCAUGGACAUCUACACCAAGAUCCGUCCCAAAGCCAAAGAAAAGGAGCUCAUGAUUGCUGGCAGGGUGUUCAUGCUGUUUCUGAUCGGCGUGAGUAUCGCAUGGAUCCCCAUCGUUCAGACGGCUCAGAGCGGCCAGCUCUUCGACUACAUGCAGUCUGUCACCAGUUAUCUGGCUCCGCCCAUUGCCGCUGUCUUCACCCUCGCCAUUUUUUGCAAGCGAGUAAAUGAACCAGGCGCUUUCUAUGGGUUGUGUAUUGGUCUGUUGGUGGGUCUGGCGCGUAUGAUACCCGAGUUUGCCUAUGGCACGGGCAGCUGCGUGAAUCCCAGUAACUGUCCCACGAUCAUCUGCGGUGUGCACUACCUCUAUUUUGCAAUCAUCCUCUUCAGCCUGUCCUGUGUAUUGAUACUGGUCAUCUCCUUCAUGACCAAACCCAUUGACGACAAACAUCUGUACAGACUCUGCUGGAGUUUGAGGAACAGCACUGAGGAGAGGAUAGAUCUGGAGUUAGAUGACUGGACUGACGACCAGGAUUCCAACUCUAAGGAAACAGAUGAGGUGCGCGAGGAACCAGGCUUUUGUAAGAAGGCCUACAACUGGUUCUGUGGCUUCGAUCAAGGCAAUGACUCUAAACUGACUAAAGAACAGGAGGCAGAGAUUAAGAUGAAGCUCACUGACACCACUGAGAAGCCUCUAUGGAGAAAUGUGGUCAACGCUAACGCUAUUAUCCUCCUCACCGUCUGUGUCUUUUUCCAGGGUUUCUUUGGUUAAAGAUCACAUCACUAUCAUCUAACUCAGGAUAUUAGGAUAUUAGACCUGUAUUCUGUGGACAGAAAUGUUACUUUUUAUUAACAUCAAGCUAAAUGUGAUUAAUCAGAUUGUAAGAGGUUACAAAGUUCCUCUUGAAACACUCAAUACUUCCUUAUAAUAUCCUCAACAAAAACUUUUUUUUCCUUAUAGCUGCCUAUUGUACUUUGAUUUGAUGGCAGGAAGUACAAUACAGUAUACUUUUUCUGUCCUUUUAAAUUAAUGUACAUUGUUUUUAGCACCUAAACUGAUUGUAAACCCAAGAACAGAUCAUUCAUAUAAUCAUGUCCUUAUUUUUUGUCAAAUCGUUCUUAACUGCUGUAUAGUAUCUAAUUUAACACAUGCCUGGCAGUUUUUACUGUACAUUUAACAAUGUUUACUUGUUCAAAACCACACAUUCUUCCUUUAUAUCUUUGACAUAUUAUAGAGUUUUUUUUUUUUAUAGAAAAAGAAAUACUGUUGGUUUAACUUAAAAAAGUAAGUGACCUGGUUGUUUACCUAUUUUGAGUUCAUUGCUAAUAAAAAAUUGA